GAAAAAUGCGUGAUUUUAAUCAGGCACUACGUUAAACAGCUAUGGCAAAGUAUGAGAGGGCAGUAGAGGAAGAGCAGAGGGGGAGAAGAGGCAUUGGUAGGAGAGAGGACAGCUGACAGUUUACUGAUAAUGUUUAGGUUAAUGUUUAGCCUGGGGACAGGCAGCUCAAGGCCCUGCAGCCUUCUGCACCUGCCGAGCAGCUUGAGGGCGCCUCCGCUCUGCAGCAACAACUCGUCUAAAAUGUCAUCAGACUCACACUGGCUCUCCCCUGAAGACCGGGAGCAGCUAUUGGUCGAGCUCAGGGCCACAGGGUGGAUGGAGGUGGAGGACCGUGAUGCCAUCUUCAAAGAGCUUCACUUUAAAACCUUUAAUCAGGCAUUUGGCUUCAUGUCACGGGUGGCUCUGCAGGCAGAGAAGAUGAACCAUCACCCAGAAUGGUUCAAUGUUUAUAAUAAGGUCCAAAUUACACUGUCUACACAUGACUGUGGAGGACUGUCAAAACGGGACAUCAAAUUGGCCAAAUUUAUUGACAAAAUUUCACUUUCCAUGUAGUUUUUUUUUUGUCUUUAGUCUGCAAUCUGUCACAGCCUUUGUAGAUACACUGAUUUUAGUUUCAACUCUUUAAAAAGACGACUGCACUACAGAGUUAAAUGUAUUUAGUCUUUCACAUGUGCAUAUUCUGCUUCUGAUUUUUGUCCCAAAUAAAA